CUGCUAUCUACCCGUCAUCGGCGUCUGACACCAUGAUAGUCAACUUGCAUCCGAAUAUUACAGUGUUGAAAUUUCCAGUACGAGCUCUUGUCUAACUAUUGCUCGACACUCAGAUAUUUUCACAGACAUCGAAAUGACCCAAUUGCCGAAAGUUGGAUGGAUCUCGCAUGAUGACCACUUUUGGCUUCAGAUCGUCGCAGACGACAAGAUGGAAGAAACAAGCGUCGAGGGUCGCGGCUCUCUACGUUGGCAGCACAAGUUCACAUUCAAUGUGCGGAAGUCAUCCACACUCUCCUUUCGGCUGUAUGCUCGGCGCUAUGUUCAUGAAAAUAAGUUCAUAGGCAAGGUGGAGAAACGCAUCGAAAUGCUGGUGACACACCCUGACGAUAUAGUAUUCAAGGGCUGGUAUAACCCUGAGCACACUGACGGUCUUGAACACACAUCCCUGAUAUGUAGGAUCGCGAAAAGGAAACUCUCUCAUGAAGAGGCAGCCGUGGAAGCGGCAAAGACUGAGCUAUGUAUCUCUAAUAUCAUUGUUCGCCACCUUCCAAGGAUCGGGCUCACAUCUCUGGAUAAUCGUUUCUUUGUGCAGAUCGAGGUAGAUGACAAGAUAACUAGUGUCACAAAGGUACAAAGAGGACAUUCACUACAAUGGAAUCAUGAGUAUCGUUGUGACUACCGAAAGGAUUCUCGAGUCCAACUGAAGGUCUUCGCGCAUCGCCAUGUUCACAGUGAUCAGUUUGUAGGCGUAAUCAGCGAUAAGGUAGAGUCUUUACUGCAGCGGGGUUGUUAGUUGUGUUACUUUGUUGGUCGACGGUCAUUCAUCUGCAUAUCCCAGUCGUCAGGCAACAACUUUCGAACUUCGUUCCGAUCGGAAACGAGCACCAACUUCCUGCGAGCAUGGAAUUUCAAAUUGCAUCACAUUGCUCUCAGCCUGAGGACGGUAAACCUAACGCCCUGGAUGGC